AUGCCGACACUGCACAACACUGCGGAGAAGUUGUCGGUCCAGGACACUCAUACGAUGGUUGGUAUAGCGUCAAGAAGCCUGGAGAAAGACGUGCUCAUCGAUACCGUCUGGUGCUGUGUACCAUCGAGUUCCCUGGCAGCUUUAAAACUCUUUGACUUGUGCCACGCCGAAUCUCCAGGCAACAACGCGGACAUAGUCCUGCUACUCAAAGACCACGAGUCUAUCGCGGGUCCCGAGAGUCACGGCAGGGGAUUCAUUGCCCUCUGUCGAGACUACCCACAACUCAAAGUUGAGCACUCCGACCCGAGCUUUUUUAAUCCGUUUGAUGAAGGUUACCUGAAAGACGACCGUUGUCCCGCUAGCAGCAUCACUAGGGCAGUAGGCGAAUGGAUUAAAGAAGCUGACGUUCUGCCCUCGCUUGGGACGCCGCAUAGCUCCUACACCCUCGUGCUCCAUGGCGGAUCCGUGCCAGAACACACAUCACGCGUGUUCCGCGUUCUUCAACGCGAUGUCGCCUGGCAGACUGCUCUCGAUAUCUGCUAUGCUCGUGGACUCCUACCACAAUCUUCCUGGCUCGAUCGACGGCUUAACACUACCGGCUUCACCUACGAGGGACUCCCAGAAGCGGUUCACGCUCUAUCAAUGAACAGCUCUCUCAUCAGGACCAAAUUUCCCGUCGAUGAACCUCACAACGUUGAACAGCUAUUGAGAGAGCACGAAGGGUGGUCCGCACAGAAUUGGCAGGACGCCUGGGCGUCACACGAGCCCGGUCAUCUCCAGACAGAGCCACCAGUUCCUCCUUGGCAUGUGCUUCGUUGGCAACGUGUCAUAAGAUGA